UGCCUAUCUAACGGCAAUUCUUGGUUUAACGGGAAUUCUUGGUUUAACGAUUCUUUUAUUUUUUUUAACCCAAAAAUAAAUAAUUUUUAUUUUUUUUAACGGGUUCUUUUAACGCCGUUAACUUUUUUCUUAUAAAAAUAUAUAAAAAAAAAAAAAUCAUCUCAAUCGUAGCUCUGUAAUUGUUUCUCUUCUUAGGGCUACCAUCGGUACCUUCUAUCUCACCCACGAUCAACUCCAGAACCCAUUAAUACGAUUUUUUUGCAUUGGAAUGGUGUUACCAUCGGUACCUUCUUCACCUCUUUCUAGCGUCGCAUCUCUCGACUCCUCUCUCUCUCACCGAUCUCGGCCGACGGCGACACUUUCAGCUGCACGCCUGCCGCGACGUCGACGUCGACCUGCCAGCUCCUCCGUCCCUUGCUAUUAAUCUCAGCAGCUACCUCACGUGACUGAAAUUUUGUUCGGAAUUUUUCGAACUAAUCUGUUUUGGUACGGCAUUAUUGUGGUGUCUAGGCUCUGUUAUAGCUCACACCGGUUAGCUUUCUCGAUUAUUAAUUAAUCAGUUAAUCAUUAUAUUAUUGCUGAAUCUGAAAUUUUUGAAAUAGUAUUGUUAUGUUCUGAUUAGUGUUACUCAUUAAUUUGAAUCUGUGUUGCUGUUAAUUUGAGGUUGUGGUUUGAAUUUUGAUGAUAAUCUGUCAUGUUAAUUAGUGAGUGAACUUUUUUGAUAAACCAAUUUUCAUUCCUCCAUGUUUUAAAUGGAGUUCUAGCCUUUAGGAAUGGAUUAACCUCUAAUGUGCUUAUUUGUAUUUUUAUUUAUUAUUGUUAAUUGUAAUUUUUUCUCUCCAAAUUAUCUGUUAGUAAUCAUUGUUAUUUUUUAGCAUUAAUAUUCGAAUGUUAACAAUUUAGUCAGUGGUAUUUCUUUUUCUUUUUUUGUCUAUCAAGUUCUUAGCCAUUAGGGACCCAGUUAAUAGAAUGUUCAAUUUGCAUUUAUCAAAUCAAGGCCAAUGUAUUCGAGUCUGGAUUAUACUACUUUUAGUUGUUGAAAAUUCUAGGCACAAUCAAGUUUCUCCUUGUUAAUUUUAUCACCCUAACAUUCUUGAAUUAUAUUUGGGCUACCAUCGGUAUGGCAUGCCUUUGGGGAGUCAAUUCAUGGGUAUGGCAUGAAAAGAUAAUAUAGAUGAACCCACCGAAACUACUCUUAGAAUCUAUGGCUGCCUUCUUCUUAACCAAGUCGUCUCUCUCUUUCUCUGAAGGUGUUGUUGUUGCUGAAAAAUUAAGAAAGACUCACUGCACUGGAUUAUUAACGAUUUUCUCAUUUAUUGUUAUUGUAGAAGAUGGUUCAGGGGCUGAUUCAGGUUUGGAUUCGGAUUCUGAUUCGGAUGGAGAUAUUGAGGCCAAGUCAAGAGCUAUCGAUGAAGAAAAGCAAAGGGAAGAGGAAGAAGCAAUGGAAGAAAUGCGGUUGAAUAUUAAAGAUGAAUCUGACGAGUUUAGGUUACCUACUAGGAAGGAACUUGAAGAAGAGUCUCAAGGACCUCCUGAUCUUCAGGCAAGAAGGGGCAACAAGGAAAGAUUACGUUGAUCAACUUAAGAAAGGUACUUUCCACUACUCUGCUUAUAAAGGUAUAUAAUUUAUAGUAUUUAACUUCAUCUUUUUCUUCCGUUUUAUACUCUGAGCUCACAGUAUAGCAGUAUUACCCUCUUUUCUUCUUCCUAAAUUUAGGCAUAUUUAAUGGUUUGCUCAAUUAGCAGUUUUGCAGAUUUUAUGUUGGUUGAGAUAGUUGGAAUUUCAAGUAUCUACAGUAAAUUCCAUGCUUUUUUUUUUACACAUUUGCUGGCCAUUGUUUUCAUUUUGUUUUAAUGGGUCAGUUGAAUUCUUUUAGUGUAUCAAACUGUUUUAAGAUACAGGGUAAGAAAGUGGUAGAGGAAUAUAGCUGUAGUCGAAAGAUGGGUGUGGAGAAUUACCAUGUAAUUGAGCUUGUAGGCGAAGGAUCAUUUGGGAAGGUAUACAAGGGAAGGCGCAAGUAUACCGGCCAGGUACAUAUGACAUCCUUUUUCAUUUUUCUAUUAUUUUAUCAUCUUCUUGAUAAAGUAAGGAAAUUGUGUAAUGUCUUACCCAUUUGAGUUUUGAAUGAGCAUUGAUCCUAAAUCUUUUCUGGUUUGGUGCUAUGUUGAAAUUAUGAAAUGGGGGAAAAGUGGUCUCUUUGUUUACUUGAUCAAUUAGGAAAAUUUGGA